GAUGGCAGUUAAAUAAAGAGCCAAAACUAUUUAAGCGGGAAGGGGUUUAAGCUGCGAUUAAAAGAAUUGGACGGGAAAAGAAAAGUGUGGAUCCAUCAUGAUUCAUAGCCCGAAGGGCAUUGGAGGAAACUCAAGUCGAUUGCCAUGGCGCGCGAAAGGGGAGGCAGAAAACUCGAAUCAAUUUGGUCCUUUCCCAGUAACAAAAUUGCCUCCCUUGGCUAUGAUUCGGAACAAUGCUCUGACUCUUUCUUGUUCGUUUUUCCACACCCCCGCCUUAUAAUCCAAUUAUCCGUUCCGACGCCGGAGAUUGUAGCGUCGCAUUUACGCAACAUUUUCUUCUUCGUCGUCAGCAAUUACCUAAGCGGAUAAUUUUGGGAGGAGAUGUCUUGGUUGCGCUCGGCCGUAAACAGAGCCGUUGAAGUCGGCGCCAACAAUAACAUCCGACGCACCGUCCGCGGCGUUGCCGACUCCGUCGUUCAUCAUGCCGGCCAAGCUGUCGUCGGCGGCGCCAAAUUGUUUCAAGAUCGCAUUGGUGCUAGGAACUUCCAAAAUUUCAAGAUUGCUGUGAAACGACUGGAGGAAGUUUCUGUUUCCUGCACAGGAAUAGAAAGAGUUCAACUGCUGAGAAGGUGGGUUGUUGCCCUGAAAGAAAUUGAAAGAUUACAUGAUGCUGACCAAGGGAUCACAAAGAGAGAUGCUGAUGAUUCCGAAUCAAAAGAUUCUCCUAAAAAUCCGACACUGGCUCAGUUUUUUGAUCCUGACCUGAAUGGAAUACCACUGAAUUUUCGAGAUGUAUUUCUUCACAGCCAAGCUCUGGAAGGGGUCACAUUGUCCAUGAUUCUUGAAGCACCUGAUGAGGAGGAAGUAUCUCUACUUCUCGAGUUAUUUGGGAUCUGUCUUACUGGUGAGAAAGAAGUUCACUGUAAAACAGCUGCAAGCAUACAGAACUUGGCAAAAGUGUUUGCCGCAUACGAGGAUGAAGUACUGGCAAAGAGAGAAGAACUGCUGCAAUGCGCACAAGAUGCAAUUGCUGGACUGAAAGUAAAUGCUGAUAUGUUGAGAAUAGAUUUGGAAGUCUCCAAGAUUCGACAAGACUUGGAUAAGAUGGGAUCGCAGCUAAAUUCAAAUGCAGAAGAUAAGAAUCACUCUGGAAAUGGAACUCUUCCAGAUGCGGAGGAUUUAAAAGAAGAACUUGAAUACAUACGAUGGUGCUCGAGAUUAGAGGCACUUCUACUGCAAAAGAGUAAUUUCAAGAAUGAAGACUAUGGUGAGAUUCAUAACAAGAAGGUUGACAAACUAAAAGUUUUAUCAGAAUCUCUUGCUAACUCAGCCUUGAAAGCAGAAAAACGCAUUUCUGACAAUAGACUUCAAAACGUAGAAGCUAUCAGUUUUCGCACAGCUAAAACCAGUGAAAUGAGUCAACACGAGAAGGAACUGGGAAUUGAAAUGGAAGCACUUGAAAAGAGAAAAAGUGAACUUGAAGCUGAAUUGAAGAAGGUCAAUGCCUCAUUAACUUCCAUACAUGCCCGCCUUCACAACGCCAGAGAAGAAAGGGAACAGUUUGAUGAAGCUAGUAGUCAGAUUCUUCAGCACUUCAAGGCAAAGGAGGAUGAGUUGUCGAGGAGUAUUGCAUCAUAUCGAACGGAAGCAGAUGUUUGUAAUGCGUUUAUUGUUUUUCUAGAAAGUAGCUACAAGUUCCAGUCUGCAUAUACUGAACAAAAGCAGAAGCAGGACAAUGAUGAAUUGGAGAGGUAUGAAGAAUACUUUGUGAACCUGGCAGUUCGAAUUUUAUCAUCCUAUAAGGAUGAGUUAGGGCCACAUCUUUCCCACGUCAGGGAGCUAGUGGAGAAUUUGAAUGGGUAAUGCAUUUAAUUCCCUCACAAUCUUUCUCGAGAUAUUAUCCCCCUUUAACAUCGGAUUCUUCCAGGCUAGGUAUCACAGCAGUUUCAAAUGAUGAGACUGUCAGCUCGAGAAAAGUUUUAGAGCAACAAUAUGCAGAUGCCGUGUCCAAGGUACAAUCUUUGUUUACGUAUUGAAACAGAAAGUCACACACACAGAAUUCAAUUCUCCUGCUUGAAAGAUAAGUACUAAAUUAGAUAAUUUUCUCCAGCUUAUUCACGUGUUAGUAUUUCCGAUAUCUGGUUACGCAGAAGUUUGAUUUUGGUUUGAAUGAAUUAUUCAAUCUUUUGCUUCUUGGUUACCUGUUUGGUUGAGUUCACUUGUCUUGUGUUAUGCCACUCAUUUUGCAGUUUGUCAAUAUAUUCACUGCCAUCCAAAGCAUACAGAGACAGUUCUACUCUCAAGAUGAAGGCGUUAUGAGGUAUUUAUUCGUUUGUAUGGUAGCUAUUCUACAUAAACGGGAGUUGUUUCUCUUAAUGGAGAAAUAUGGUUCAUCCUUCGCAGAAAAGAUGACAAGAAAGUAAAAGAUUUACUCGAUGCUCUCAAUAAAAUCAAAGAUGAAUUUGAAUCAAUUGAUAGACCACGUUUGGAAGUUGAGUCUCCAAGAACAAAAGCAGAUAAUCCACCGAAGGUCAGCCCCAAGAUUGAUAACAUCAUCAUAUAUGAUUCAAAACUGGAAUUAACGUGUGAAAGAGGAACCCCAAAAGCGGAAACUCCGGUAAGCCUUAGCAGAAGUCCUUAUCCAAUACCGGACCAGCCCAGUCAGACAAUAGAUUAUGAAGCAGAUGAAUUUCCUCAUUCAUCGAAUAGAAAUAAAAAGAGCAAUGAUUCAAAGUUGCAGCUUUCAAACCUUAAAAUGGACUAUCUCCUUGAGGAUAGCAGCAGAGACCACUCUCCAGACGAACCUCAUGAAUGGGUAUUUGAUCAUGUUGACAGACACUGAGGACAAUUAGCUGUUGUGAUGGCAUUUUAAAUCAUCUUUCCGUCCACCUUUGUUUUUGGUUGCACGCAAGCGAGGUUGAGGGAAUUGACUUGCAGCAUAAAGUUGCUCCGACUGUCUUGCCCAAACGAGGCAAGGUGCUACUAUUUUCAGUUUUCAGGUACCCCGAUUCUACUUUUGAAAGAGGCAGUUUUUAGGCUUGCUUGGGGCAAAUAACUUUAGGAUAAUGGAACCCAUCCAUACAGAUAGAUAUCCUGAGGUUUAACAUGUUAAUGAUAUCGAAAAUUGAGACUGGACAUAAAAAGUACUAAAAUAGUGGAUGAAUAAUUUUUCUGAGAAGUAGUACAGCUUUGCUAUAUCUGUAUAAUGAUGGACAGGCGCUAAGCGCACUGCUGAUAGUGCUUGUUUAGGUCAGUUAACCUUAGGCUGUUUAUUCCGCUAAACUCAAAAAGCAUUUUCAGCACUUAUGAAAGCACUAGCAAUACCAGAAGCAUAUAUGCGGGUUGUACAAAGGCUUAAAGUUCGUAAAUCUCUGAAUCGCAAAUUCGCAAUGCAACUGUGGUAACUACAGGGGGAGUGAGGACUGGAAACUCAUUGUCCCAUUUUUUAAGUAAUUUUUAAGCAGAAAAAAAAGAAAAGAAUUGUUGGUCAGACUGGAAGAAGUGUUUUUAAGAUGUAGUAGGAGAUGGGUUCAUUCAUCUCAUGUGGUGCUGCAGAAGAGGCAAAGGGGCUGUCCUGAGUGAAGUGCACAAAGUGGUAUGGCUAAUGGGCAUGGGCUGAUGGCUGCCACUCGGAAUCUCUGGUUCCUCAGUUUUAAGACGCAGACUGUGCUUGUAACUGUAAGCCUAACAAUCAGCGCCAAGGGAAAGUGUUCAGUGUUUUGGUGGCACUUUGUCCCUCUUUUGUUUUUCUAUUUUUUAAUAUACUCCAUGACCACCCCAAAGCUGAGAGAGAGAGCCAGAAGCCAGGAUUUCUCAGUUGCCCCUUCUUUAAUAGUACUUUACAAAAAAAAAAUAUUUUAAGUUUAUGCGCAGCUUCAGAGAGGCAUGGGGACAGAUAUUGAUAAUUUCCCCAACCCAUAGAUCAAAACCUAAAUCCCGCAAGUUUUGUUUACUUUUCUGUUUUAACAUUACGCGGGGGUUUGAGUAGAGAGAGAGAGAGAGAUUAGGACAAAAGAGAUAGAUUAUGUGAGAGGUAGAAGAACAACAAUUUCCAAACAAAACCCUCGAGCUUGGGAUGCAAACUUUUCCGUACUUCAAUGUCCAAAUAGCUUGGUUUUAUGAG